GUCUCUGUCUGCCUCACCCGCCCUUAUUUCUUCCUUCUUCUCCAGCGAUCUUAAAUCUCUCAUCUCUCUCUCGCUCAACGAAUUUCAAGUUUCAAAUUUUCAAACCUCUGGUCGUCUGAUCUCAAAUCUCUAAUCGAUCAAUGGAGUUUCAGCGUUCGUCGUUCUCGUUCCGAUCUUCCGACUACUGGGUCCAUGUGACGCUUCAGGGUUUCCAAUCUCCGGCGGACUCUAAGUCCCAAUUUAUCGGCGAGCUCUCUCUCCGUCAGGACCAAAUUUUUCAGAAACGCUUCCACGCCUUUAUUCUCGAUGAAUUUCCACUGGGUCCUGAUCGCUACGCUACGCUCCGUUUCGCUCCCCGCCAACUCCUACUCCCCGAGUUGCGCGCUCACUUACGAUCUCUCUCCUCUUCCCUUAACCUUGAUCCUGCCAUCUACGAAGCAUUAGCCCCCCGGAUCAAAUCCAUGGCCCGGAAAUUGGCAAACCCUAAUGGCUCCGUGGGCUUUGUUAUGGUGGCUACGGUUAGAAUCCUGACCAUUGAAUAUGUCGACCAACUGUUUGAUGAUAUGUCCGACUCAAUGGCUUUGCUUUCGAUUGGUAGUAGUGAUGGCGGUUCAACUUCGUCGUCAAUUUCAUUGGACUUUGUGGUUGAGAAAUUGGGGGCAGAGAGAUAUUUCGAAAGGGGUGACGGCGACCUGGGUUCUUGCAGUGUAUGUUUGGAGGAAUUGUCUGGUGGGACCGCAAGUGAGCUCAUUCGGAUGCCAUGCUCUCAUGUCUAUCACCCAUCUUGCAUCCUUCGCUGGUUCAACAUGGAUAAGAAGACGUGUCCCAACUGCCGAUAUAAACUCCAUAGAUCUUCCAGUUGAAAAAGAGCAUGAUAGUAUGGCGAGUUCUGGUUCUAAACAAGCAAGGGACUGAAAAGACGACUUUUCAAAGG